AUACAUGUUACCAUAUGACAUCAAUAAGUGUGAGCAACUGUGACGGGAUUUGUAAAUGUUCACAGUUGGUUAGUGAUUCACAAGAUAAACAGAUAGUUUAUAAUUUACCUUCAAUCAUGUCAGUUAUACUUGUUUGCUACGGAAGGUUGAGGGAAUUGGACACGUGACAAGAGAUGGCAUAUGCUGUUGUUCCGCCAUCAGGCAUCAUUGAGUUAUGAAACAAUUCCUAAGGAUGAUAUUCUUUGUAGUGCAUGGCACAAGAAAUCGCUUGCAUAUUGUAGUUUUGGUGAUCGGCUCAGGAGCAUAUUUUUAUUGGAUGUAUAGUUUGAAAUAUCAUGAACAUAACUUGAAAGAAAAAGGCAUAUCACCCCAAAAUGUCCUUAGCACAGGAGAAAGAAGUCUGAUAUUACAAGGAAAUAAAACAACAAAGUUUACGAUAAAUUAUGAUAAACUAGUCAAAACUAACACAAAAGAUAAGGAAAACAAACAUGUUGUCAGUGAGCUCCCACUGUUUCAACCUCUAAAGGAAGAAGAAUUUCCAUCAACAGACACUGACGUCCCUCGUAUUCCCCAUAUCAUACAUCAGAUGUACAAGACUGAAAUGAUUCCUGGAAUGUAUACAGCUCAAGUUAAAUCCUUUAUUUAUAACAACCCAACGUGGACAUAUCGCUUUUGGACAGAUGAAUCCGGUCGUAAAUUAUUACAGAAACAACAUCCACAUCUUGUAGGUAUAUAUGAUAAAUUUGGCAAUAACGUCAAAAGAUCCGACAUGCUCAGGUACGCAGUUCUAUACGAGUAUGGUGGAUUUUAUGCAGAUUUUGACAUGGAAAAUUUCCGUUCACUUAACAUAACGACAUUAAAAUAUGCUUGUAUUUUGCCUGUAGAACCAUUUGAGCACAGCGCUUUGUUAUAUAACAAACACUUUAUAAUAAACAACGCAUUUAUGAGUUGCCGUCCAAAGCACCCGUUUUUCAAGCUUUUAUUGGUCGGCUUACAAAAUGCUGAAUUUAAUGGAGACCCUGUCAAUACUACAGGUCCGGACUACGUCACUAGAAAAUUCCUUGAAUAUAAUAACAUCAACGUGUCAUCUAGCGAAAUAAACAAAACCGACGGGAGUAGCAAUUCUCCCUUUUUCUAUAAGGGUGAAUUAAAGGAAAUUGACAAUAACGCUGUGUAUGUGCCAAAUUCACAGUAUUUUAUGGAUAAGAUAGAUCCGAUGCUUUUAGAAACGAAUGGAAAAAUAACGCUAGCUUGUAAACAUAUCAACACUUUAACAUAUCUUAAACAAAGAGCUUGCUUUGAACUGUCGAGGCGUGAAAAGAUUAGAAAAAAUAGAUUAUACACUUUCACAGUACAUCACUGGUAUCAUUUGUGGUUGAUGAAAAAAGAUAAAAUCCAUAGUAUGAAAAGUACCAAUAUUAAAGAAAUAGUCCCAUAUUUUAUUAAAUAUAACGGCUGAAAUAAG